AUGCGGCAACAACAAUCUAUUCAUGUUUCAUUUGAGAAACAAUCUAAUAAAGAUAAGUAUGGAUGUCGCAUUCGAUUGGUAGCUUCGAUUGAUGUAGCAAGGCUUCUCGUAAGACAAGGAUUGGUAUUUCGAGAUCAUGAUGAAUCUAAGUCAUCACUUAACAGAGAUAUUUUUAAUGUGUUGGGAUCUUCUUAUAAGCGUAUGGAUAAAUAUAAAGAAUCUCAAAAAAUAAAAAUUCAGGAGGAUUUUGAUAUGGGUGAGCUUAAAACAAGUAAGGGCUUGCAUCAAGCACUUGGUAUUUCUAGGGCUUGUGAUACUCGCUGGGGAUCUCACGUCAUAUCUUUUGAUUCUUUUAUUCUUAAGUUUGAUACAAUUAUGGAUAUACUUGAUAAUAUUGUUGAAACUGCACAUUCUUUGGAUGAAAGAUCUAGGGCUACAGGAUUAGAGAUGCUCAAACCCAAGAUCAAGUUGCAAGAGUUGAGGGAAGAUAAUAAAUUGGAUUUGUUUGUUUCUGAGGUGUCUACAUUUUGUAUCAAGCAUAACAUUGCGGUACCUGCUUUUGAUAAGCUGUAUGUGAACUCUGGAAGAUCACAACAUAAACAUGUUGACUAUACUUUCUUUCAUCAUUAUCGUGUUGAAGUAUUUUGUAAAGUAAUUGAUUGGCAAUUGCAAGAACUUAAUGAUCGUUUUGAUGAGGUGACAACUGAGUUAUUUCAUGGUGUUGCUUGUUUGAAUCCGGUAGACUCAUUUUUAAGUUUUAAUAUUCAGAAAAUAAUGAGAAUGGUUGAAUUAUAUCAUGAUGACUUUGAUGAACUUAAUAUGUGUGCACUUAAGAAUCAGCUUACAAAUUACAUUAUUGAUGUUCGUGACAUUGAUAAAAGGUUCUCCAAUUUAAAUGGGCUUGGUUAUCUUUCAAAAAGAUUGGUUCAAAUAAAAAAGCAUUGUUGUUAUCCUCUUGUAUUUCGUUUGGUGAAAAUUGAAUUGCUUCUGCCAGUUGCCACUGCAUCUAUUGAAAGAGCCUUUUCAGCAAUAAAGUUUAUUAAGAAUGAGUUGCGGAGUAGAAUGAACGAUGACUUUUUAAGUGGUUGCAUGACUCCUUUUGUGGAAAAAGAUGUGUUCAAUAACAUUUCAACUGAUGAUAUUAUUUUAUCUUUUCAAGCAAUGAAACCUCGUCGAGUGAUAUUGUAA